CGCGGGUCGUGAACGUGCGCGGUGAGGAAACCCGGAUCCUGGUCGCGCGAACUCUCAGCCACGUCACCAAUCAGCGGCGCGAGCGCACAGACCAGCGAAUGCCAUCAGAGAGUUACAGUAAAUGAUCACCGAUUCCAUUAUAGCCUAAAUAUCUGAUAUAUUAACUAGAGAUUCAUGCUAACAACCGGAGACCGUCUGGAUGUAACGCGCGCGCGCUGAGCAACAGAAAGAAAGACUUUGUAUUAUUUCUGCAGGACGAACAUCUGAUCUGAGAACAUCUGCAAAACUAUUUCACUCCAGCGCUGAUUACUGCUCUAUAAGAUGAAUAUCUUCCGACUGUCUGGAGAUGUUUGUCAUCUGGUCGCCAUCAUUAUUCUGUUCCUGAAGAUCUGGAGAUCCAGAUCAUGCGCAGGUAUUUCUGGGAAGUCUCAGGUGCUGUUCGCGCUGGUCUUCACCACCAGAUAUCUGGACCUGUUCACUGCCUUCAUCUCCAUCUACAACACUGUCAUGAAGGUGGUGUAUCUGGUCUUGGCGUACGCCACCGUCAGCCUCAUCUACUUCCGCUUCAGGAACUCAUACGACUCUGAGAGCGAUUCGUUCCGCGUGGAGUUCCUGCUGGUGCCGGUGGCCGGUCUGUCAUUCCUGGAGAACUACGCCUUCACGCCGCUGGAGAUCAUGUGGACGUUCUCCAUCUAUCUGGAGUCGGUGGCCAUCCUGCCGCAGCUGUUCAUGAUCACUAAGACGGGCGAGGCCGAGUCCAUCACCACACACUACCUGUUCUUCCUGGGUCUGUACCGCGCUCUGUACCUCGGUAACUGGGUGUGGCGCUAUCACGUGGAGGGAUUCUUCGACCAGAUCGCCGUGGUGUCCGGCGUCGUCCAGACCAUCUUCUACUGCGACUUCUUCUAUCUCUACUUCACCAGAGUGCUGAGAGGAAUGUGA